UGCUCGUCCAGUCUACAGCCGCUUGCGCAUCACAAGAUACACCGGUUCCGUUUCCGUUAACCACAGUUCCAAUUUUAAAUGGAUGUCGAUUUACGAUUCUCGGUUUUCAUUUUUAAUUUCUAACUUACCAGUGAUUAGUUAUUAAUUUAUGGUUUUUUUUUUUGAUGUAACACAGACAAUGAGGCGUGUUUUUAUAGUGUUUCUGUUUAUGAGAUUUAUUGAUUGUGAUGUUCCUGGGAAUUUAACGAGUGUAAACCCAUGCACGGACCGUAACCACCUUUUUCUUGCCCCGGGCGUGCUCUCAGCGGGGGGGAGCAAUCGCGCAUGCGUGUCCAGAUUCUACACCGAUGGCACAGCGCACAUGUCACUCACGAUUAGAACUGAAGACAAUAAGUUUAUCACCUCGUCGAGGGAGCUAGCUACUGGGGAUGGCGGAUGCCUCGACAUCACCGUGCCCAAGAAGCCAAACACAAAAGUAGAUUUAGCUAUAAACUUAAGGUAUGCAGAAGCUAAAUGCACCUGGGAGCGUCACGUCACUCUUCGUAUAUCGAGCUCGAAACUGGUAGCAAUCCACACUCAGCGCGCGCGUUACAGGCCUGGAGACACGCUUAGAGUCAGGAUAUUCGCGUUCAAGACCAAUCUGUCACCGGCCCCAGGAGCGAUCGAUGAAAUCUGGCUAGAAGGGCCUCGAGGCGCGUGGGACGGAUCCAGAGCCGCGCAAUGGAGCCAUGUGCCAACUAGGAUGGGCAUCGCGCAGGUCCAGCAUGAGAUCGACGAGCUGGCGCCCACGGGAACCUGGACUGUUAGAGCUAGGCUCAGCGAUGGCUCUCAAGGUGCUGCAGCCUUCCUCGUGAGCAACUACGAGCUGCCGCCGUUUCAAAUGUCCGUCCGUCACGCGGCCAAAGUGUUGAAGACCAGCGACAGGCUCGUGUGGACCGUGUGUGUCAGAUAUCCCUGGACGGAAGCAGUUGAAGGUAUGCUAGUGAUCCGGAUCCGCGGGGCGGGGAGUAGUGCAGGGGGCGGGAUCAGGACUGCGGUCCGAUUGAAGGCCCCCAGGGCCUGCCAUAGACACGCAGCAGCGGCGAAGAGAAUCGGGCUUGAUGACCUUAACUCGCCUGAUGUGGUCGUCGCUGACUUCUCGUUCCAGGAAGAAGGCACAGGAACUUGGCAGAACACUACCGUGGUGUCGCAAGUGAUCGACAAGGCCAUCUCACUGGAGUUCCUCACCAAUCACCGGUCCGUCAUCGCUCCAGGACUGCCUUACAAGCUGAAGAUCAAAGCAACCCUCUGGGACGAGAAACCAGCAUCAAACGAGCUCAUCCACGUGUGCAGGAUUCCCGUCAUCAACCCAGCUGAAAACUCUUCCUCGUCUAAGACUUGCAACGAUGUUAUAACUGAUGAGAAGGGCGUAGGGAGAGUCAUGUUCGAUACGGCUGAUGAUAGCGCUCCAUACUAUAAAUUUGAGGCAACUCUCCACAAUGACAGCACGAUAUCGGCGCCCCCCCUGCUGCUCCCCUCGCAGCGCGGGAGCUCCGUGCACGCCGCCCUGGGCCCGCUGCGAGCUGACAAACAGUCAGAUAGGACAUUCGUUCCUCUAUAUUUAUCUAUGAAAAAUGCUUCUAGACCAAUCACCGUGCAUUUUGUGGUGAUAACCAGAGGUGGGAUAAUAUACAGAUGGGGUGCCACAACCCAAUGCGCUAUUCCUAACGCCGGCGAUCACUACCAAGUCGCUUCUAGAAAUGGUCACUGCUCCAACAAUCCAGACCUUAACACUGUACACACUGCUCUUGAAGUUAACGACAACAAUACAUCAGAUGCACUCCUUGACCGACAUUUGCUAAGAGUCAUGUUGCCGAUAAAAGUGACCCAUCAGAUGUGUCCUGACAGUCAUUUGAUCGCGUAUUUCUAUUACGGCGAUGAGUUGGUCAGCACGAGCAAACAUUUCGAGAUGGAAGAGUGCUUUGCCCAUAAGGUGGAAACAGUCUGGCUGUCUCGCCAAGUAGCUCCCGGCUCCUUAGCCCGUUUCCGAAUCAAAACAGACACCAGGGCACUUUGCGCCUUAGCGGCCAUAGACAUAGCGGCAAAAAUUCCUCAAUCGCCGACCAUGGCCAGUACUCUGUUGGCAGCGUUGAAGAGACUGCUGGAGACUAACAGAAACUUGACUGAGUAUGAUGCAGCGGGACAGUGUUUCUUUGUAUCAGAUUCUCAAGGCCUUGCGAGCAGCAGUAUUGAACUCACAGCUCGUUGGCUGGCGGCGGCCGGGGUGAGGCUGGUGGGGGGAGAGGAAAUUCCAACGAGAUGCGAACCAGCGCCUGCUGCCAUGUUUGACAGUGAAGUCACUGUACCUAGGAGUGACUUUUCUGAGGCGUGGCUCUGGCGGCUGAUAGACGUGGCCGCCAACAGCACGGCAAUCCACAGCGCACGCGCACCGGACUCUAUCAGCAAGUUUGAAGCUAAUGCUGUAUGUGUCACCAAGACUGGGUUGGCUGUAUCCGCCCCCGCUACAUUACAGGUGUUCCGCGAGUUCUUCAUCCACGCGGACAGCCCGCGGCGGCUCCGGCGAGGAGACUCCACCAUCGUCAAGUACCGGCUCUUCAAUUACCUUUAUGAACCUCUAAGUGUACAAAUUCAGAUCCUCACAGACCCGCACCUAGAAGGUCCUGUCUCGUACGUGGAGACGGCGUGCGUGGGAGCGCGCGCGUCGUGCGCGCGGCCCGUGCGCGUGCGCGCGCGGCUCGCGGGCGCCGCGCGCCUCAGCGUGCGCGCGCGCGCCGUGCGCGACGCCAACUGCGGGAACACCACCAACACUGGCCUCAGUGACGAGGUGAUCAUCCGCAUAACUGUAGAUCCUGAAGGGGUUCCGGUAUACGACCAUCAGUCUGCGUUGCUCUGUGCUGAAGGAAGCGUAGAAUCCAACAGUUCCCAGAUAUCUUGGAGUUGGCCGGCAGUGGACGCGGUUCCCGGCACCGAGAUGCUGACGAUGUGGGCAGUGGGCGACAUCGCAGGACCUUUGUUAGCGGAUGCAGAUUCCCUGGUGCUAUUGCCGCGAGGUUGUGGUGAGCAGAACAUGGCUCGCCUGGCCACCAACCUGCUGGCUCUGUCGCAGCUGUCCGUGCUGUCGCCCGCCGCCGCCACGGCGAGGGCUCACGUCGCUAGAGGUUUCACUCGUCAACUACAAUAUGUGCACCCUCAAGGUGGGUUCAGUGCGUUCGGUGCGACCGAUGCGACGCCCUCUACCUGGCUCACGGCUUUCUCGCUCAAAUAUCUAAGGAAAGCACAUAAGAUCCUAUCGCCAGGAUUACCAUCGCCACCGGCUCUGGAUAAAGCAGAACAAUGGCUUCUCCGUCAGCAGAUGGAAAAUGGCUGCUUCAGGAACGAGGGUCAGGUCUUCCAUAGAGAACUGAAGGGUGGUCUCAAUGAAGACGGUGAAAUCGCAAGCAUAGCCCUCACAGCGUACGUCAUCACGGCCCUCAUGGAGAGCUCCAAUCAGCUGUCCCCGAGAGUGGUGGCCAACACCCUCUCGUGUCUCCGAGCGAUGCCACUGAUGAAGACCAAGUCGCCAGCUAGGGUUUACGCUCAGACGUUGUUGGCAUACACUUUUAUGAGGCUGAGACGAUACGAAGAUGACCUGAGGAAGACCAACGAAGCUGGCUACUUGGAGAACAGAAAGGCAGCUGGUUUGGAAGACGAUGAGGAAGUGAGGGUACUGGCGGCCCUCUUGAAGAUCGCCAAGCGGAGUGGGGACUUUGUUUGGUGGGAGACAAGUAGCUUGUCCACGUCAGUGGAAGCAACAGGCUACGCGCUGCUAGCCCUGUCGCGGUGUCCGGCGCAGUGCGCGGGCGAGGCGCGCGGCGCGCUGCGCUGGCUGGCCACGCGGGCCAACCCGGCUGGCGGCUUCAUUGCCACUCAGGAUACGUUAGUAGCCCUAGAAGCGCUAACAACUUGGAUGUCCAUCCAACCUCUGCCGUCAGCCAAUCUGACAGUGACCGCUCGGAGCGGUCACAGUACACAGCGGGUCACUCUGACCCCGGGGGUCAAGGUGCCCGAAGUCGCCAAGUUGGAAGUCUCGGAUCGGCUUCAUGUUGACGUCAAAGGGUCAGGCUGCGCUUUGGUCCAAGCCACCCGCUCCUACGCCACGCUGUCUUCAGACGACGAUAGCGACAAACAACUGUCCGUGCAGGUCACCGUCCACACUGACGGACAAUUCUCCUGUGAUACCAACAACACCGCUUGCUUCUGCGCAGCUGUUAUUGAGACGUGCGUGGUGUGGCUGGGCGCGUUCCCCGGGAUGGCGCUGUUGGAAGUGUCGCUUCCAGGAGGGUACUCCGUCGACGCUGCUAUGCUAUACUCCAUGUUGCAACAGACCAAUGAAUUACUCCGCCGCAUAGAACUAUCCCCCAACAGCGGGCGAGUGACCUUAUACCUGGGCACCCGCGACGGCAGCGACUCCCUGGGCCACGGCGGCCAUCGGUGCUACCCCAUACACGCCAUGGGGCCCAAGGCCAAAACCAAGCCAGCUUACGCCAAAAUCAUAGACUAUUAUGAGCCAACAAUUAAUGAUACGCAGAUGUACACAAUACCAGAAGAAUGUCUACCAAGGAUUACUGGCGACACUAACGAGUAUGUCCGAUCUGAUAACCUUUACGCCAAAUCAAAGUCUUUAGAAGACAGUGACGAAUUAGUCAUUAUGAAUGAAUAUUCCUUCGAAGACAUCCCUGAAGGCAUACCACUAGAUGAUCCUUUGUAUGCUGAUAAUUUAACUCAAGACGACGAUAACAAAACAACAAUAGCAGGCGUUUACAUUGCAACUGAUAAACCUGACACAAAUCAAACAGGAUCCACCGUAGAUAUAUUCGAAGAUUAUAAUUCCGUUAUGCAAAACACAGAAGGCAGUGAACUUCAAGUUGAUAAGUCAUAUAAAAUAAACAAUUUAGAUGGUGUACACAUAAUUAAUAGUCAAGAUAAGAAACGUAUCUACGAAAUUCCAUCAAACGUAGCACAAGCUAAUGUUGAGAAUAACAUCGUAUCUGUUAAUAAACAUAAACAUGUAAUAGAAGAAAGGGACGAUGAAAAGGAAAGAGAAAAAAUUGCAUCAGAAACUGAACAAGACAAUCCAAAAUUGUCUAGUUUUCACGUUGUAGAUUCGGAGAAGGAUUUGGAUGUCCCCUCAGGAAUCGAAGGACCGAUUCCUGCCGUUUUGUUGCCACCAGAAAACUUCGUGCCCACAGUAGCGCUGCCACCAAGUAUACCAUCAGGUGUCCCGCCUCCCAUACUACCUCCUCCAGAAAUAUACAGAAGUUUCAACUUAAAUUACUACCCGGCGCAAGACGCGCUUUCGUACUAUUUCAAUCCAGAAAACCCUUACACGAACUAUAGAAGGUAUUACUCUCCAGUCGUCGGUUAACUUGAAGAUUCUGAUAUAAAUGGGUCAAUUGAUAAAAAUUUACGGCCGACGUAUCAAAUUCUAUGUCCAAUAUUAGGUAUUGUUAUCUCUUUUAUAAUGCUACAUAAAAUGAAACAUAUAUUGAACAAAGAAUUUGAUGAGUGAAAUACCUACCACCGUAAAGUCCUAUUUUGUUAAUGGAAAUGUUGAGAGCUUUACACAGUCCACAAAAUAUUCGCCAAGUCCACAAUGAAAAAUUUUGUUUCUAUAAAAUAUCAUCUCAUAGCAAAAAAUUUUAUUUUGUGUAACGGAGAAAUCAGUCAAAGAUAAUAAUAAGAAUGCUCUUUUAUAUCUUGUAUUCACUAAUUAUUUAAUUUUAUUUAAGACCAACAAAAAUGUCGCCAUUUCAAUUCCUUACAAUAAAAAUUGUUUUAUAUUUCUUAGAAUAAUGUUCUUUUUCCUAUUAGUACCUGGUAAAGUUUCUGAAAUUUGUUACGCGUAGUUUCUGUUGUUAAUUUGACUGAACAUGAAUAUGAAUGUGUUGUGGUUGUGGUUUCUUGUGAAACAUCGUUCUACCUAUAGGUACCUAGUAGUAUAGUUUUAAGACAAUUUGUGUACCUAUUAUAAAAAAUACAACUACUUAAUACUCGUGUAUGCCUAGUUUAGUGUCUAAUUUAUUCAAGGGAUUGCCACAAUUAUUGCUUUCUCUUUCUUAUUGUUAAGUGUAAUUAAAUAGAUAUUAGACAAAGAAUACUAGUGGAAUACCGCGUAAAAAAUGUAUAAUGAAAAGGAACUUAGAUACGAUAAGUAAUCUGGAAUAAUAAAAUGUCAAAAAUCGUAAUCAUUAAGCCUUAUUUAGAUUUCUGCGAUAAGUUAAUCUAGUUUUAAUUGAAACAGUGCAUUUAUUUAAAUCAUAGCUGCCACAAUUAUUCAGGCUGUGAAUAAAGAUUGUAUUUAAUACCAAA